AUGGCCCGCUUCAGCCUCUCCGUCCUGGUGCUCUGCCUUUUCAUGGCCUUGAUGGCAUCUGCCAUGCCUGUCAAGCGCGACGAUGUCGCCAAUGAAAGCGACUACGCUAUGCAGGGGAUCGAGUCCGCCACCAAAAUGAUGGAGGAGAUGAUUGAGAAAUACAAGCAAGCUCAGGAGGAGGCGAGCGACAAUGCCAACGAUGCCUCCGCCGCAACCGCCGACGAGACUGAGAACAAGAACGCUCCGAUGGAGGAUGCGAGCACGACUCCUUCCUCCACAACUCCCACUGAGACGACGCCCGUUGCCAGCGCUGCCGCCCAACCCCCCAAGCCUAGCAAGACUCACAUCGUGAACGACAACCCUUUUGCGAACCUGCCCCUGGUCGGUGGUCUGUUGAGCGGCGGUGGUCUGGGUCUGUGA